AUGACGAGCGCUGGCGAGAUGGCAACCGAUGGCUUCGAAGAGUUGGCGAAGCUGAGCCCGGCCGAGAGGUUUGAGCAAUGGAGUUCAAAUGACUCGCGAAGAUACGAGCUCCUCGUGCUGGCGGUGGAGUCGUGCUACAUGCUGCUCUACAUUGGCUACCAGAUCUUUCUCCGUCAGGGGCUUGGAUUGGAAGCCCGCCACUCAUUUCCGAAACCGCUUGCCCCUGUAGUAAUCUGUGCCGUCCGUUCGUGGCGGUUGUUUGGAUGCUGCCCGCAAUGCCUGCGAAGCCGCAGUUCUUGUCGCUGGGUUUUGGACACUGCAUUCCACAGCUUUGUCAUGUCUUGGAGUGGCUUCAUGGCUGGAGUGUACGUAGCCAAGACCUUAUUGCCUGGCUUUUCAUCCCGUUUUGUUUCGGGGAUGUACCUUGGCCCCACGCACUUUGUCUUCUUGCUCACCGUCCUGGGCCUCACGGUCUUGGACCGAGUGCAAACUCUGGUGGCCUCCAUGCUAGCAUUUGCAUUCUUUGCCUUCCCUAUCACCGCUGCCAUCAUUUAUUUCUUUCUGGAGGAUCAGGAGCUCACUCACGACGUCGUCGAGAUGUUCAUAGAGCAGUUGACGCUUCUCGUUGCAGUUGUAAUGCUGUGCUUGGUCAGGUGGCUCUCAUGGUCGGACCGACUCGCCCACUUCCGCCGAGAAGAAAGCCUCAAGACCGGCAUCAUCGACGAGAAGCUGAAGCGGUGUCAUGUAGAGUUUGCAGCUCAGCAGCUGAAUGAUUCCAUGGUACGACAGGACGAUCAGACAUCCUACCUUUCGGGUCAUGGCGGUCACGGCUUUGCUGACUGCGCUCAAACCGCCGCAGAAAUGGCACGAAAAUCACCACCCUCAGCUUUCAGUGCACCUCCGAACAUGGACUCCCUGGCCCUACUGCAAAGCACGUCCCCGCGCUGCGACUGCCUGCCCAUGUCUGCAACCGUUCACGUGGACGGUGGAGGGAAGCCUGCGUCCCAACUCAAGAUUGGAGACCGGGUUGUUUGCUACGACCACCUCGCGGGCAGCAUCAAACUCGUGGAGGUUGAUGAUUGCGAGGUUGUUACCGGCCCUUGCAAGUGGUCACGCGUGUCGCUGGCAGACGGUACUGCAAUUUCCGUGACAGCAGACCAUCCUGUGCGUGCAGUGGGUGAGCAGGCUGAGGGAGCUGGUAGAGGCGUCGCUGGCCUUGGCGGUGGGCGGGUCAUUCGGGCAGGUGACUUGAAGCCCGGCAAGGACAUGUUGAAGAUCCUUCGGUUGGGAGCCGUGCCUGUCGAAGCGGUGCACACGGAAUCGGAUGAGCAGCCACGUGUGCGAGUGAACUUAAAACAGAGUUGGCGUUUUUCACUUUUUUGUUCGCAGGGUUCCGGCCCAGAGAGUACAUCUGUGGCGGUGGAGUCCUCGAGUGGCUUAGAUGGCCGGCACGAGCAGCUGCUGCAGGUGCAGAACACUUUCCUAAACUUUCCCGAAGAGGCUUCGCAGACGGGUGCCGUGCCCGGUCGCCGGGCAUGGUCCGAUCCAGGAACUGCAGUGCCAGCGGCAGCACCGCCACCGGAGGCAGCCGUCCCAUCCGAGCGUGGCUUCGAGGGUCGCGGCGACCCGGAAUCGGAUGCAGCUGGCAAUGGUGGUGACGUACCCGGCAUGUACCAAGCCCGAAUGCUUUGCUCGCUAUUGCCACUUGUCCCACAGCGAAAGCUACUUGGCCAGCUACAGAUCGAUGAAGAGGCGCUACGAGAAGAAGAAUCGAGUGGCACGGCGGAAGAGCUUGUUCUCGGAGAGCGCAGGUCUGACUCCACGCUGGCUCAUGUUGGUGGCCAUCGAGAGGGACGCCAGCCCUCGCAUCCCAAGGUUGACAGGCGAAAUUCGGGCCAGGCUGUCGUGUCAAGAUGGGUAAUAGGGUGCUGUUCGAGCAGCGACGGGAAUCCCCAGUUCGAGAUCCUGGCUGCGCCUCGAGACAUUGUCGGACGGAAGAAGGCGUUGUUGGUUGGCCUCAACUAUCGCAACACUCGUGCAGAGCUGCACGGCUGCAUCAACGAUGUGAACAACAUGCAGCAAGUGCUGGUAAAGCAGUACGGCUUCAAAUUGGAGGACAUCCUCAUGCUCAACGAGGACCAGGACAAAAGCCAGUGGCCCUACAAGAAGGUUAUCAUCGAAGGGCUGCAGUGGCUCUACAAAGAUGCAAAGGCUGGGGAUCUGCUUUUCUUCCACUACAGCGGUCACGGUUCUCAGUAUCAGCUUGACAAAAAGGGCAUGCCGGCAGACUGCAUUUGCCCCCUCGACUGCCUUGAUAAGAAGUGGCCAGAAGCUGUGAUCCUGGAUACCGAGAUCCACCAAGAGCUUUACGAUCCAUUGCCCAAAGGUUGCAAGGCAGUUUGCAUCUUUGAUUGCUGCCACUCUGCCACGGUGGCCAACCUUUGCGAGACAAUGGUGGUCCAGGAGGGGCCCAUGACAGCAGCCAGAAAGGAGAAGAUGGUGAAGGCCUUGACAGAUCAGAAGAACAAGGCCGCAGCCACGGUGCGCUUCUACCAGGACAUCAACUCUGGCAAGUUGGAUCUCAAGAAGAAGAGCAAGGACGAGAUGGUCAAGCUUAUGGAGAAGCUGGAGUACCCAAAGAGAGGGAAUGCUUACGAAGAGGACGAGGCGAGCUAUAACUACCUCAUCGGCUUGUCCAUCUCUCACCUGUUCAAUGCCUCUGUGAAGAAGGAAGAGGCGGUUCUAGAUCAGAAGAUGAAGGCGCUGACACAUGUUCUUAGCCUCAAACCCGGUGAAGGUGCACAAAUCUACAUCGGAAACCUUGAGCAGGAGGAGCAGGCCGCAUAUUCCAAGAGCCACUCGAAGGAAAUCCGUCUCCGGUACCUGCCGCAGCCAGACAUGGAACAGGACGAGGAGUCAAUUCCGGCCAAGCCUUUGGGCACUGGCCUCAGAGAUGUCCUGCGCAAGGCGAAGUACGAGGACUCGAACGUGAAACCUUAA